UUAGGUGGAAGGUGUGGUCCCUCUGGCUGCUCUCUACUCUAAUGCGCCUUCCACUACCACAUUUUAAGAAAUAAAACAUUUUAUCACUCUUUAUAUCAAGUGCUUUCAACCCAAGUGGGAAGGGAACCCAUUGAAAAUCCCCCAUUAAACAAUGGCAACUAAACCUAAAUUUCUCAAUCUCCAUCUCCAUCUCAGCACAUGCCUACUGCUUCUGCUUCUGCUUCUCACCAAAGCUGUAACUACAACAACAACAACAACAACAAAAUCCAAUAUAUGCAACAACUCAAUUGCAGAGUGCGAUGAAGAUGUUGAGAUGCUGAUGGAAUCUGAAAUUGCUCGAAGGGUUCUUGCACAAAAGAAAUAUAUAACACCUGGAGCGCUAAAGCCAGACCAACCAGUUUGCAACAGCGGUGGUAGAGGCGAGGCCUAUAGUAAAACUGGAGGCUGUCUUCCUCCUCCAUCCAACCCGGAAGAUCGAGGUUGCUCUGCCUAUUAUCACUGCAGGUCUAGCUCCUGAUUCAACCUGUUUAUCUCUUCUGGGUUGAUCUAUAUAUAUAUAUAUAUAUAUAUCAUCUCAGCUAUGAUAAAGAAAUUAAGAUGUUAAUUUCAAAUUUAUAUUAUGAUCCACAUGUUUUGUUUUUCUCCAGAAAUCUGUAAAAUGUGAUAACAGAUACUGGUUGAGGGACAGUUGAAGAAGCAGUUGUUGUUCCAUUAGAUUUUGACAGGCAAUUCUACAGUCAUAAUAAUUCAACAACAUUAUGUAUAUGAUAUGAAAGAUAUAUUGAAAGACAAAGCCUAAUUUGGUUUAUCUAA